AUGUUCCCAAGAAGGAGACAUCCCCAGGAAGGAGAUGUCCCCAAGAAGAUGUCCCCAAGAAGGAGACAUCCCCAGGAAGGAGAUGUCCCCAAGAAGGAGACGUCCCCAGGAAGGAGAUGUCCCCAAGAAGAUGUCCCCAAGAAGGAGACAUCCCCAGGAAGGAGAUGUCCCCAAGAAGGAGACGUCCCCAGGAAGGAGAUGUCCCCAAGAAGAUGUCCCCAAGAAGGAGACAUCCCCAGGAAGGAGAAGGGGACGUCCCCAGGAAGGAGAUGUCCCCAGCCACCUUUGCCCCCUCAAGCAGCCCAAAGCCAGGGAGACCCUCACCCCUCUCUGGGUCCCGCCUGCAGCUGGGGACACACAAACUGGUGCCAGCCGAGGGAGCUGGCAGUGGUGACAGCAAUGGGGACACAGCCACCACUGGGGAGCACGGUGGCAGCCCGGGAGGGUGCAGGGGACACCGAGCUGGCGGGAAGCGGCGUUUGCCAUCACCCGGCUCUCAUUAACGUGGUGCGGAGCAGCCCCUAA